AUAGCCAGGGUUUGUAAACCAUGUGCGAAUCGAAGAAACCAAACAAACGGUAAAACCCCAUGUGGUGAAUGUUUGCGAAAGAAAUGAACUCGGUGCGGUAAACAUAGUUUGUUUACAGUUUACGACAAACAGACGAUGCAGCAUAGAAAGCCGGCUACAACUCGUUUGCUAUUCAAGUGAUGCAGAGUUCUACGUGCGUAUUAUUUGCAAUAUGGAGGAAACGGGUAAUGCGAUGAGCCUCGAAAACGACGAUCUAGAUUUGGAACUUGCCUGCUCCGCGGAACAGGCCGAACAGGAAGAGAAAGCCGCACAAGAAACCAAGGAAGAUGAUGCCUUGACGCAGCUGGUGAAUGCUGAAGAGUUUCUGGCAUCGGAAGGUGUUCCGCUGCUCGAGUAUGAAAAGCAGAUGUUUUUUGACCUUUUGCAUACGGAUGCGUUGGUCGUUUGUGCGAAGGGCAUCGCCUACGAACGAGCGAUGCUAAAUCUGUUGAAAAUUUUCUGUGACACCUCUACGCUCGUGCUCGUCGUAAACUGUUCUGAAGCGGAGGAACAAUACUACCGAACGAAUCUGGAUCAUUCGGAGCACAUUCACGAGUCGGCUAAAACGGCAGCGGAACGAGAACGGACGUAUCUGCAGGGUGGUAUUCAAUUUAUCAGUACACGCAUUUUGGUGGUGGAUUUGUUGAAAAAUCGCAUCCCAAUCGAACUGAUAACGGGCAUGUUUGUGGUGCGCGCACAUGAAAUUGUGGAAUCGUGCCAGGAAGCGUUCGCGCUCCGUUUGUACCGGCAGCGCAAUAAAGUGGGCUUUAUUAAAGCGUUUUCUCGCAACGUGGAAGCAUUCACAUACGGGUAUGGACACGUGGAGAAGGUGAUGCGCAAUCUGUUCGUGAAAGAGCUAUUCAUUUGGCCCCGGUUUCACAUGACCAUCCAGCGGUCGUUGAAACCGUACGAACCAUCCGUGAUCGAACUGCAGAUACCGAUGACACAGAACAUGAUUCUUUUGCAAACGAAUUUGCUCGAUCUGAUGAACUAUCUCGUGAAGAGCAUUAAGAGUUUGAACCGAUUCGUCGAGCUGCAGGAGGUGACAGUGGAGAACUGUGUCACGAAGAAGUUCCACAAGAUAUUGCAAGCCCAGCUGGAUACGAUCUGGCACCAGUUAAGCUCGCAAACAAAAUUGAUUGUGGCCGAUUUGAAGGUGCUGCGCAGUUUGAUGAUCUCCUGUCUCUAUGGUGAUGCCGUAUCGUUCUAUGCUCUUCUGAAGCGCUAUCGAACGACGGAAUACGCGCUAAACAAUUCCGGCUGGACCUUAUUGGAAGCAGCGGAAAAAGUGUUCACCAUAGCGAAGGAGCGUGUAUUUAACCGUGAAACUGAGUUCGAGCCAGAACUUUGCCCGAAAUGGAAAGCCCUUACGGACGUGCUGAGAGUCGAUAUUCCAAACGACAUCAAGGAAAUAGCGAGCAAAAUGCGCAAACAGGAAGAACGGCAAAAGUUUAUGCAGCAACAGGUGAAAAUAUUGAUACUCUGUCAGGAUUCGCGGGCCUGCUAUCAAUUGAAUCAGUUCCUUACACAAGGCCCCGAACGUUAUCUGUUCUAUCAAGCCAUCAAGAACGACAUAUCCGUUGCGAAGCUGUCGGAACAGUUUCAGCACAUCUCAACCGAAACAGACGGUGCAGCUUUCCGGAUACAAGAGUUUGAACCAGUCGCAAGGCCAAAGCCAACUGCUUCGAAUGUUUCAAGCGCGCCGAAAGCAUCCACCAGCAAGGAGGAACCAUCGGUAAAGGGAGGAUUUUUGCGUGAUCGAAUCGCGAAAAAGCGCCGUGAAGCGGCAGAGGAAGAGGAAGCACGUAAGCGGAAGGAAAUGGAGGAACAGGAAGCAAGGGAGCGGGGUGAAGGCGAUGAGAGUGGCGCGAAGAAAUCGGACAUGGAAAAUGAUUUGGCUGGGGUGUGUAAGGAUGAGCAGGAUCAUCAGCAAUACUUUCGCGAUUCGUACGUACUGACCAUGUCGCAGCGGCCGCUGAUGGCAGAAGCGCCGGAUACCGAUCCAUUACAGUUCGAUAUCAGCAUGCUGGAGAGCGGUGUAUUUGAAUCAUUUAUAGAGAUGGAACAGAUGGACAUAACGACCGCCGUGAAGGAUUCGAACCGUCCGCUGGUGUUUAUACAAACGUUCAAAAGCGAAUCGAGCGGGCUAGGAUCGUUGGAUCGUACGCUGGAACAUAUCCGGCCACGGUAUAUUGUGAUGUAUCACACGAACGUAACCGCUAUUCGGCAGAUUGAAGUGUACGAAGCCCGACAACAGAGGCAACUGAUGGCUCGUGUGAGAGUGUUUGCUAUCAUACACUCGAAAACGGUCGAGGAGCAAUCGUAUCUGACCUCGCUGCGACGUGAGAAACAAGCCUUCGAGUUUCUGAUUGAAACGAAACGGACCAUGGUUGUUCCGGAGUACCAGGACGGCAAGUCGGAGGAUACGAUUAUGAUGUUGCAAAAGAAGCAGGAAAUCUCUAGCCGACAGGCCGGUGGCCAGGAGGCUAAAGAUCCGGCAGAAAUUGUAACACCGCGCGUGAUCGUAGAUAUGCGUGAGUUCCGCUCGGAUUUACCUUGUCUCAUUCACAGAAGAGGCAUCGAUGUUGUGCCUCUGACCAUCACGAUUGGAGACUACAUCAUCACACCGGAGAUAUGCGUGGAGAGGAAAUCGAUUUCCGAUCUGAUCGGUUCACUGAACUCGGGCCGGCUGUACAACCAGUGCGUGCAGAUGACACGCUACUACGCCAAACCGAUUCUGCUGAUCGAGUUCGAUCAGAACAAACCGUUUCACUUUCAGCGCUACUUUAUGGUAUCGAACGCUGGCAGUUCCGGGUCGUCUUCCAGUGGUUCCAGCUACAACGAAGACAUCAUGGCUAAGCUGCAACUGCUUACCAUCCACUUUCCCAAGCUGCGACUCGUAUGGUCACCCAGCCCAUACUCGACCGCGCAACUGUUUGAGGAGCUAAAGCAGGGCAAAGCGGAACCCGAUCCGGACGUUGCCGUCAAGGUCGGGUCGGAUGAGGCAGCGAACGAUGAGCACGAUACGCUGGACGGGUUGGCUAAUGUGGAGGUGCAAGAAUUUUUGCUCAAGUUGCCCGGCAUUACGGCACGGAACGUGCGUCGCAUUAUGCGCCAGUGCACGAGCUUACGUGAUUUGACGCAGAAAACGGAGGCUGAGCUGGAGGAGCUGUUGGGUGGACAGGCACUGGCCAAACAGCUGUGGGAGAUACUGCACGUGGUGCACAAGCCGGCCAAGCCGGAUCCAACUGGAAAGCCUUACGGAGGGAAGUUUAAGCGUGGCGGCAAACGGUUUUGAUUGUUACGCCUAUGAAGUAUUUUUUUUUGGUAAUGUAUUGUUUGUUAAAUUUUGUAAUUUGUGUACAUAUCUAAAAAAAUAAAGAAACUCAUUAUGAAUGAA